UUUUUUUUUUGGUCGAAAAUCUUUGUUUUGUUCUAUAAACAUUUUUUUGCUAUAAACAUACAUUUAGCUAAUCUACAAAUGCAAAUGUGCAUCACCUAACAGUUUAUAAACUACAACAGUCUUUCAUUAUUUCUCCAUUCCAUAACUAACAAUAAAAUAAUGACAAACUACGGCGCCAUUUCGACGUCGUCUCACGGUUCCCCGGUGGUGGAUCUCGACUCAGUCUCACGCGUCAAACAACAAAUCAAAGACGGGCUCGCCACGCGCCGCCCAUGGAGAGUGAUGUUCGACUUCCACUCCGUGGGGAUCCCUCGCAGCCUCUCAGACGCUUUCUCAAGAAUCAAGAAGAACCUCGUCUACUUUCAGACGAACUACGCGAUCGUCUUCUUGGUCGUGAUCUUCCUAAGCCUCAUCAAGCAUCCCACGUCGCUCAUCGUCUUGACCGUGUUGGUCUUUGUCUGGAUCUUCCUCUACUUCCUCCGCGACGAGCCUAUCAAGCUGUUUAGUUAUCAGGUCGAUGAUAAGACGGUCUUGGUUUGUUUAUCGGUGAUAACUAUCGUUUUGUUGUUCUUGACCAACGCGACGCUUAAUAUAGCUGGUGCGUUGUUGAUCGGAGCUGUGUUGGUUUUGAUACAUGCGGUUGUUAGGAAGACGGAUGAUCUCUUCUUGGAUGAAAAAGCGGCGAUGGCUGAGACUCUUGCCUGACGUCAUGGCCGUCGACAUGAACCGAUUGAUUGAUUGAUCUUGAACUUUUCAUGUGUCGAUUUUAGUUUUGUAUAUUAUAUUAUUUUUCUUGUUUUAUCAUUUGAUAUGUGAUAAUAACUUUUAAUUUAUUAUAUUGGUGUGAGUUUGGUUUGGGAGUUGAGACUUCUUUCUCA